AUGGCGAAUUUGGGCUGUGAGGACGUCCGGGGCCAGGAGCGGGAGAGUUUUCUGUACUUCGCCUACGGUAGCAAUCUGCUGACCGAGCGGAUCCACCUCCGAAACCGGUCGGCCGCGUUCUGCUGCGUGGCCCGCCUGCAGGAUUAUAAGCUUGACUUUGGCACUUCCCAAGGCAAAACAAGUGAAACUUGGCAUGGAGGUAUAGCCACCAUUUUUCAAAGUCCUGGCGAUGAAGUAUGGGGAGUAGUAUGGAAAAUGAACAAAAGCAAUUUGAGUUCUCUGGAUAAGCAAGAAGGGGGUAAAAGUGGAACAUAUGUCCCAAAAGAAGUUAAUGUUUAUACUCAAGAAGGAAAAGAAAUAACCUGUCGAAGUUAUCAGAUGAAAAAUUAUGAGAGUGCUCCACCAUCCCCCCAGUAUAAAAAGGUCAUUUGCCUAGGUGCAAAAGAAAAUGGUUUGCCACUGGAGUAUCAAAAGAAGUUAAAUGCAGUAGAACCAAAUGACUACCAAGGAGAAGUCUCAGAAGAAAUUGAAGACAUUAUCAAAAAGGGAGAAACAAAAGUUCAUUAG